AUGUUUCUAGCGCUCUUUCUCGUCGCCGCUGUGGGUCUCGCUCCGGCCGCGGCCCAAUCGUCGUCCCCGACUACGGAGAAGUCGACCGUGUGGAUGCCGCCGCGCUCCACCCGCGUCGGGGAGAAUAUAUACACAUCCGUCAUCACGGCGGCGCCGUCCUCAACUGAGUAUUUCCUUGCUUGCACAUCCGUGUGGGAGUCAGCGUCGUCGUGCUCGCAGUUCAGCGGCGUCACGCUGACGUACGGCAACAGCACGAUGAAGAUUGGAUUCAAAUCCGACACUUACAACUGCAAAUGCGGCGACUCAGCGACGUGCUCCAUCAGCGCGUCCAACACGGCCAACGCGCAGUCCGUGCUCGCCAGCUCCGAAUCGGCAGCGUGGUUCACGGCCAUCACCAUCGUCGACGGACAUGACAGACUCAAGAACAUCAAGCUCAACCAGCCCCGCGUCCGCGGCGACAAGGUCCGUAGGCAGCAACGACGUCUGCAAGCGCGCGACGCCCAAAGGCGGCAGUGA